CACACACACCAGUGCGGCAGGAGCGCAUUAUGAUCGGAUUUUUGCCCUCCGUGGCUAGAACCCAGUCGAGGAUUUCUCGGAGCUGGUUCUGGAUAAUGAUGCGCAGAAGCGCGGAGAAGGAGUAGCCCGCUGUUACCUAACGGCGAUACAGAAGGGAGUCUGAUGCGGGUCGAUGAUAAAACUGUGACUGUCACGUAACACAUCUCUGAAACUCGCUGGUCACUUAAUGGGUAUCUAAAAGCCUAUCGUUUUAAAGCGUUGGUAACUUUAGCAAAGUGGACUGUUCUAGGCACAGUGCUCGCGAUGAUGAAUCAUGCUCAUCGGAACUCGGUGAAGCAACUCGCGGGUAUCACUAGAACUAAAGCGUUAACAGUAGAGAAAUCACGAUGACGUCACGAGUCUCCGGUCGCUCAGGUUCCGAACAUUAAGACUCUAAUGAAAGUGUGCCAAUAGCGGACAGAGGAGGCUGUGGGCUCGUGAGAACAGUAAACGGCGCCGGGCAGUCAUCUGUCGGACAGAGAGAAGCAUGAUUCAGAGACGGUCCGGUGCUAAUCACGGUAGCUUUCAACCCCGCAGCUGAAAACCGAUAGGAGCCGGGACUCUUAACUCAGACGAGACGAAAAAAUAAGAAAAAUAACACAAAUGGCGGACAUGUCUGCGGCAAUUAGAGAAUGGCAGAGAUGACUUGUGUGUGUGUGUAGGACGGUGUCACAUGAGAAGAACAGAGCAGGGGUCGGAAACACUGAGCUCGAGGAAGAUGUUCUUCACGGUCCCACGGUAAUCCCCGUGGCAGAGUACUAGCGCUCGACAUAGAAGUCCUACAGCGCUGUUACGCAGAUAUUCUGAAAAAGCAUGGAGUGUCCGCGGCUCCGGGAGGGAGAAUGGUUUAUUGACCUGAUACAUCCACAAGUGUGUCUGUUCUUGUUGCGUUGUCUCGUCUCCUACAGUCUCCUACAUCUGCAAAAAAGACGAUAGUUUCCAUACUCUGUUGCCCGUAUGUCGGUACGUUGGUCAGGACACCACGAGACAUACCCAUGGAGUUCUCUAACGGCCCGUCCUGACCGGUCAGAAGCGCAAGUGAGUGAGCAUAGAUGCCUUCCCCGGCGCGGAGCGGGUCGCUGUUCGUCUCUCUGGGGGUGCUGAAACCUGAAUCAUGCCUGUCCAGCGGAUGCCGGGCUGCCGCGGGCUACACAUCAACGAAGACAACGGGCGCUUCCUCCUCCUCGCGGUCCUCAUCAUCCUGUACCUGCUGUGCGGCGCGGCGGUGUUCUCCGCCAUAGAGAGACCCUCUGAGCUGCGCGCUCACGGCCGCUGGAACCGGGCGCUCUACAACUUUAGCGAUACGUUCAACAUCAGUCUUGCGGAACUGAAGUCCUUCUUACGGGAGUACGAGGCGGCGAUCGCUGCCGGGAUACGGGCUGACGUUCUCCGGCCAAGAUGGGAUUUUACCGGAGCUUUCUACUUUGUGGGGACCGUUGUGUCAACUAUAGGGUAUGGUAUGACCACCCCAGUGACAGCAGCAGGGAAGGUCUUCCUCAUCUUCUAUGGUCUCCUUGGCUGCGCCGCCACCAUCCUUUUCUUCAACCUCUUCCUGGAGCGCAUCAUCACCCUCCUCGCCGUGGCGAUGAAGACUGUGCGUGAGCGUCGUAUCCGCACCAGUGGCCUGCUGCCUCCAGGGAUCCAGCAUGACUUCUCAUCCUACAGCCUGCCGGGCUGGAAGCCCUCCGUCUACCACGUCAUGCUCAUCCUGGCCCUCUCCGCCAUCCUGAUCUCCUGCUGCGGCUCAGCCAUGUACGCAGCGGUGGAGGGCUGGGCCUUCCUGGACUCGCUGUACUUCUGCUUUGUCACCUUCAGCACCAUCGGCUUUGGGGACCUGGUGAGCAGCCAGCGACACGCCUACGACCAGCAGACGCUCUACCGCCUGGCCAACUUCCUGUUCAUCCUGACGGGCGUGUGCUGCCUGUACUCGCUCUUUAACGUCAUCUCCAUCGUCAUCAAGCAGGUGCUCAACUGGCUGCUGGAGCAGGCGGGCCUCCUGUGCUGCCAGCGCUGCCACAAGACCAAUGCCUUCCUGGGCAGACGCAACGCCAUCCGGCCCGGCUCAAGGAGCCGCAGGGGGCGCUUUGGACGGCCGGAGUGUCCAGACGCCCCGCCAAGCGACAGCGACACAGAGGGGAGGCGUCUGUCCGGAGAGAUGAUCUCCAUGAAGGACCUGACAGCCUCCAACAAGGUGAGCCUGGCCAUCAUGCAGAAGCAGCUGUCAGACUCCGCCAACGGCUUCCCAGCCUGCGGAGGAUCCAGACACAACGGCUUCUCUGGCGGCGUGGGAGCUCUGGGGAUCAUGAACAACAGGCUGGCGGAGACCAGCAACUCCAGAUAGACACCAGACACCAGGAGAGAAAUCUGGCUUCUGACUUUCAGCCUGAGGAACACUUCACUGUUUCAAUUGUUCAGAUGUCUUCUUCUUAGGCUUGGGGGAGAAACCAAAGGACAAGCGGGCGUGGAGAGAGACCAGGGGGCCUGGAGAGACCAGGGGCCUGGUGAGACCAGGGGGCCUGGAGAGACCAGGGUCUUGGAGAGACCAGGGAGCCUGGAGAGACCAGGGGCCUGGUGAGACCAGGGGGCCUGGAGAGGCCAGGGGCCUGGUGAGACCAGGGGGCCUGGAGAGGCCAGGGGUGGGGAGUUGGGCAAAUGUUACAGGGCACCAUAUAUGCCCAGGAAAGAAGGAGAAGCUCUUAAAGGCUUUACGUCUGGGAGAGACCAGCAUUUGAAGACUUUUUGUUUGUGAGAGACCAGCUCUCCUGCGAGUGGAGACCAGAGACAAACCUCUGCUUGUAGACCUGGA